AUGUCACAGCCAUCUUCUCCAUCUCAACCCACACGCAGACGAUCGUCCAUGGGCACCAUUGCGCUAGGAGACAACUCGGGCCCGGCCCUGGCCACCAUGCCCGAAAACGUGCAGCAAGCCCGGGCCUCCAAGGCCCGUCAACGAGCCAUUUCCAACACGUCGUUGGACGACCGAAAGGCCCCUGCCGGAACCUCCUCUUCGGCCGUUGUCGACCAAGAUGACAAGCCACUCGGUCCCCUGGCCUACCUGUGGACCUCGUAUCGAGAGUAUUCGUACCAGAACACCUGGCUCAACCCUCUGCUGACCAUGCUGGUGGUGGUGGGAGCUUACUACGCCCAGGGCAACCCCGGACCGCAAAACCCGCUGCAUCGAUUCAUCUUCCCCUCCUACAAGCUGGCGCCCCACACGGAGCUCAAUCCCACCGACGACUACAUGUACGGCAAGGGCAAACGGGACUUCACCUUUGUGGGUUUCUACAUGAUCUUCUUCACCUUUUUCCGAGAGUUUGUGAUGCAAAUGUUCCUCAAGCCGUUUGCAACCUUCUGCGGCGUCACCAAGAAGGGCAAGGUCAACCGGUUCAUGGAACAGACCUACUCCAUCAUUUACUACUCGCUGGCGGGCUCCUUUGGCCUCUACAUCAUGUACCAGACUCCCAUCUGGUUCUUCAACACCACCGCCUUUUACGAGAACUUUCCCCACAAGACCCACAUUGCCAUGUUCAAGGUCUACUACCUGCUGCAGGCUGCCUUCUGGGGCCAGCAGAGCGUGAUUCUGUGCAUGCAGCUGGAGAAGCCCCGAAAGGACUUCAAGGAGCUCGUGUUCCACCACAUUGUCACCAUUGCUCUCAUCUGGUGCUCGUACCGAUUCCACUUCACCUGGAUGGGUCUGUGUGUCUACGUGACCAUGGACGUGUCUGACGUGUUCCUUGCCGUCUCCAAGACCCUCAACUACGUGGAUCAUGCCAUCACCGGUCCCUUCUUCUUGGUCUUCAUGGGCGUCUGGGUCUACACCCGUCACUACCUCAACCUCAAGAUCCUCUACUCCAUUCUCACCGAGUUUGCCACCGUCGGUCCCUUUGAGCUCAACUGGGUCACCCAGCAGUACAAGUGCACGCUGUCGCAGCGAAUCACCUUCUGUCUUCUGGCGGCUCUGCAGCUUGUCAACGCCUACUGGUGCUUUUUGAUCUUCCGAAUCGCCUACCGGUUCAUUUUCCACGACAUCCAGAAGGACGAGCGGUCCGACGAUGAGGACGAGGACGAGGACGAGGAUGAGUCCAAGAAGGAUAAAUAA